ACUUGUUAAGUGUGACCUAACGGCAUCUCAAAGAGCGGAGUUACAAUCAUCACAACACCACACUGCUUACAACUAACAGCCAUGGGAGAGUUGGUGGAGAAAAGCUCAGACGACUUUAUUAUUUCAUUGAACAGCGAGUGCCCCAAAGAACUGGGCGAGCUCAUUGAGAACUCCAGUGGUGAUGACAGAAAAUUUGAUGACACAGGAUUUACUUUGGCUCUACAGAGUGGGCUAGAAAACCUAAGGCUUGAAAACUCCCUGACAGAUGUUGCCCUGUGCGUUGGUAACAAGGAGUUCCCAUGUCACAGGGUGGUUCUGGCGGCAGCGAGCAAUUAUUUCAGGGCCAUGUUCUGUAAUGACCUGAAAGAAAAAUAUGAAGAAAAAAUAAUAAUUCAAGGAGUUGAUUCAGAGACCAUGCAGAUCAUCUUGGAUUAUACAUACACAAGCAAAGUGGUGAUUACAAAAUUUAAUGUGCAAAAAAUCUUAGAAGCUGCUAGCCUUUUCCAGUUUCUAAGGAUGGUGGACGCCUGUUCCAGUUUCCUUACCGAAGCCCUUCAUCCAGAAAACUGUGUUGGUGUUUUGAGGCUUGCAGACGCCCACUCUUUGGAAUCUCUAAAGGGGCAGGUUCAGAACUACAUUAUUCAGAAUUUCUCCCAAGUAUUGAACCAAGAGGAUUUUUUGGAACUUCCUUUCGAAAUCCUUUUUCAUAUGCUGAAGAGCGACGAUCUGUAUGUUACAGAGGAAGCCCAAGUGUUUGAGACUGUAAUAAACUGGGUAAAAUAUAAGAAGUCAGAGAGACUUGACCUGCUGCCAAGAAUAUUGGAAUGUGUCCGUUUACCCUUGUUGGAUCCUUGGUAUCUUGUUGGCAAUGUUGAAGCCAAUGAACUCAUUAGACAAUGCCCUGAUGUAUUUCCUUUAAUGCAGGAGGCACGGAUUUACUACAUGGCUGGCAAUGAGGUAAUUUCGGAAAGGACAAAACCGCGCAUCCACGAGUUCCAAUCAGAAGUGUUCAUGAUCAUCGGGGGAUGCACGAAAGAUGAAAAGUUUGUCACUGAGGUGACUUGUCUUGAUCCUCUGAGAAGAAGUCGCCUUGAAGUUGCCAAAUUACCGGUUUCUGACCAUGAAAAUGAAAGUGAGAAUAAAAAAUGGGUUGAAUUUGCAUGCAUCACCUUUAAAAAUGAGGUAUAUAUAUCAGGGGGUAAAGAUACCCAGCAGGAAGUCUGGAAAUAUAAUUCUUCCAUUAACAAAUGGAUACAAAUAGAAUAUUUAAACGUGGGCAGAUGGAGGCAUAAGAUGGCCGCACUUUGUGGAAAAGUAUAUGCCAUUGGAGGAUUUGAUGGCAGUCAGAGAAUUUACAGUGUGGAAGUUUAUGACCCAUUCCACAAUGGAUGGACAGAGGUAGCUCCAUUACUCAUCAGUGUAAGUUCUUUUGCUGCCGCAUCCUACCAGAAGAAGCUCUAUGUCAUUGGUGGUGGGCCAAAUGGCAAGUUGGCUACAGAUAAAACUCAGUGCUAUGAUCCAGAGACCGAUAAAUGGUGCUUAAAAUCACCAAUGCCUGUAGAAGCCAAAUGCAUCAACGCCGUGAGCUUCAAUGAUCACAUCUAUGUUGUUGGGGGAGCCAUGAAAGCGUUGUACUCGUAUAGCCCUCUUGAAGAUACCUGGUGUUUAGUAACAAAGUUUACCCAUGAAAGGGCAAGCUGUGGGAUAGCUGCAUGCUGCAAUAAAAUAUUCAUUACCGGGGGUCGAGAUGAAAAGAAUGAGGUCAUUGCAACUGUUUUGUGUUGGAAUGCAGAGACUGAAAAACUGACUGAAGAGUGUGUUCUUCCAAGAGGUGUCUCACAUCACAGCAGUGUAACAAUAAGAAAGUCCUACACGCAUAUUCGUAGGGUAAUACCAGGAGCUGUUUCUGUCUGACCAGAAAGCAGAAGAAUUCUGUUGGACUCUUGUACUGGAGACUCGUCCUUUUUGCAAUAUACUGUAAUCAAUGCACCCUUCCUCUUUACUUUACAGAGGUACAGCUAAUCUGUGCUCUUUUUCAAUGUAAAGAGGGAACAGCAGAUUAUCGAAACAGUUAUCAAUUUGUACAUAUUAUAUAUGUAACCCAUUUCAACAUAACCUGUACAUUUUUGCUGAGUAGAGUACUGAAAAUCAAAGGUUCUUAGAGGACCUUCACAGUGGGAAAUUGUCCCUAAUAAUAAGUAUUUCAGUUGCAGAUCCAUUUGACCAACCAUGUUGUACCAAAUCACUUUCUGGGUCUCAAGUCAUGCCCCUCUUUGAACUCUUACAUAUUUAAAGAACAAUAGAAUGCUGUGGGAGGUGACCAGGAAGGUUGUAACAGCAAGCUUUAAUGAUGAAACCUGCAGACCAAACCAGUGAAGGUCUACAGUAAGGACCAUAUGUGAUCCAUACAGUAUCCUAUUUCUUUCAUGAAAAUAUCAUGCAUUAUUAAAACAUUAAAACAUUUCUUCCUUUUCUUCAAGAAGACAAAGGUCUUCUUUAUGCUGCUAAAAGCCUUUACCCUCUACUCUUAUGGGAAGGCUUGCCACUAAGUGAAUGAACUUUGUGGGAUUUUAUUCCAUUCAUACAUAAAAUGUUGGGCAAUCAGGCCUGGCUCACAUCAGUGUUUCAGUUCAUCUCACUGGUAUUUAUUUGGGCAGAUUCAGGGAUCUGUGCAGGCCAAUCAAGUUUUUUCACUACCAUCUUUGAUAAACAAUUCUAACUGUGCUGUCCUGUGGAUUUCCAGAAAGUCAUUGAUAGUGGAAGAAUAAACCUGAAAGAGAUUUUUGAACUGAAAUUUUUCACCAGGCAUUUAUUAGUGGCAAAACGUUUAAUUUUAUUUAAUAUUUUGCGUGGGAAAAGUCACUG